ACGAGAGAGAACUGCCAAGUCUGGUGGUUGCUGUCCUAACUGACUGACCUAACUCACUCACUCACUCACUGUGCACAGGAUUCAUUUCUAUGCCAUUAACACCAUUCAUUUUAACAGCAAAAGAAAAGAAAGAGUAACAAAAACACAUCUCCAGCCUUUUGCAAAAGGUUUGAGUUUAAUUCCUCCAUCGUCUUCUGUUGCGUUAUUGAAGGAGUUUUGAGACAGAGAGAGAGACAGAGAGAGAUGAAGUUUGGAAAGAUUCAAGGCUUUUCUCUGCUGCUGGACAGAGUCGACAGCAGUGUUUAUACCAGAGGGGAGUUGGUCUCUGGUCGUGUGGUGUUGGUUCUGGGUGGAAAAUUACCAGUUCGUUCCCUGAAGAUCUGUGCCAAAGGAACAGCUGAAGUGCACUGGCUGGAGAGCAGGAGUGUGGGGAUGAACACUGUGUAUUGCGACUACACAGCGUAUGAGACCUAUUUUAGGAAAAGACAACAUGCAAUUCGAGAUAGUGGUGAGCUGACUGUUCUUCAGCCUGGGAGACAUGAGUUUCGGUUCAGCUUCCAGCUCCCUGAGGAAAACCUCGUGACCUCGUUCGAGGGGAAGCACGGGCGCGUGCGCUACUGGGUAAAGGCCAAACUCCACCGUCCCUGGGCAACCGUGAAGAAAAGCAAGAGGGAGUUCACAGUCAUCGAGCCCAUUGAUAUCAACACACCCUCGAUGCUGGCUUCUCAGGCCGGUACAACAGAGAAGAUCGCUCGGGUCUGGUAUCGUAACCUGGGGCAGGUGUCUCUCACGGCUAAGAUCGAGCGGAAGGGAUACACGCCAGGAGAAGUGAUUCCAAUCUUUGCUGAGAUCGAUAACUGCUGCUCCCGUACAGUCUUCCCGAAAGCCUCCAUCAUCCAGACCCAAACCUUCAUCGCCAGAGGGACGAGGAAGCAGAAGAAGUCAGUGGUGGCCACGCUGCUCGGGGAGCCGGUGACCACUCGCAAGCGGGUAUCCUGGCACGGGAGACCCCUGAAGAUCCCGCCCGUGUCCCCCUCCCUGCUGCAGUGCAGGAUAAUCCGUGUGGAGUACACACUGAAGGUCUACGUUCAGAUCCCAGGAACAUCCAAGUUGUCCCUGGAGCUGCCGCUGGUGAUCGGGACAAUCCCACUGCACCCAUUCGGAAGCCGGACUUCCAGCAUCGGCAGCCAGUACAGCUGCGACAUGGACUGGCUACGGCUGACUCUGCCAGAGAGACCCGAGCCUCCUCCUGACUACUGCGAGGUAGUGUCCGGGGAGGAAGGCGGACGGGCAGCCCAGGACCUGCAGCUGUCGGAGGAGCUGGUCAGAGCUCUCGAGCGCCCUUUCCUGGCCUACAUGCAGGAGUUCCGAUACUGUCCUCCACCCGUCUACUCUGAGAUCGACCCUCACCCUCGAUGUAUGACAAGCUGAAGCACCUGCGACCCUUGAACUGCGCGACUUCUAACUUCUGACCCUUACGACCUUGGACAUUCUCCAGGCGUUUUGGAAGAAAUUCCGGAGCUAUAGUCCGGAACCUGAGCGAGAAAGAGAGCGAGAGAGGGGAGUGAAUAGAGGGGUAGGACGGAGGAAGAGGGGGAAGGUGAAGAAAUUCUCCUGCGUAACCAGGGCCUCUCACCGUUUGCCAGCUCUCUCCUUUCCUUCUCUCGUAUAUUGUGUCGGCCGCUGCAGAGCCGAUGGCUGUGAGGAGAGUUCCGUUCUGCGUGGAGUGUGUGUGUGUUUGUGUGUGUGGAAGAUAUACCGUCAUGACGCUAGUGUGGGGACAGCUCGAGGAGCCUUCCGAAAUGCCACUCUUUUAACACCGCGUGACUCUUGGCACUGCUACGCUUUGCUUUUGUCAGCGCUGGUGACGUGCCAACCACUCUGGGCAUUGCCCUGUACAGUGAACAGUGUCCAAAACGUGCUGAAAGGUCGCAUGUUUUCUCCCCGGGACAGACUGACUUGACUUGCUCCAGUCCCGAGCUCCUCUGUAUCAGGUUGGACUGGUAUCUGAGUGGGCGAUUGUUGGCAUUAUAAUUGUCUCGAUGUACUUAAUGCGUUAAUAAUGUGCGUGUCCUGUGUGAUCUGCGGGCGAGUGCUGUCCUCCCGGAGAUGGACUGCCAUUGCACUGUCAACGCGUGGAUUGGGGACCCGUGGGAAUGAUCACAGGAAGAGUCUGGAGGAACUUCCACUGACAUUUACUUAAUGUUCCAACUCUUUAAGCACACACGCGCGUUCACACAAACGUACCAUUCAAGCCAGGGCUCCAAUAUACAGAUUAUUCAACCGGGGGGCAGGAACAGGGAAUUGGGAUUAGAGUAGUUGGCUCCAGUGAAUGAGCUCCCAGCGGGUUAGGCGCAAUAGGUCGACUGGCCGCCUCCUGUGCUGUAUUUUCUAUGAUUCUUUCAAUUUUAUAUUGGGUUGGUUCUGAUACCUGGAACCCUCUGAUCUUACAAGGGGAACUGACUCCUCGAUCCUGUGAUUAACCACUAUACUGUUCCUGUGGGUAGUACUUACACACACUCACAGGGCGGGAGAGCUUGAAUGCAUUCCCUUACUCACUCCGCAAUAUGUCUCCGGUGACCUUAAUACUGUGGUGAUACCUCCUGAUUGUGGGAGGUGGGAGAGUGUCAAUCAGGCACAUUUCAAGGGCAAAGCAUUUCGUAGCGCAACGCAAGAUCUUUACGGCUAUCUGUACUGAUGACAGUCCCCUUGUUUUAAUACUGCGCCUUAUCACGUCAUCAAAGCGUUUCACAGGAUACACAGUAAAGUGGUGUGACCGUGUAUUUUGUGGGCGACGUGUUGUGUAAAACCACAGGAUAGAAGCGGAUUUCCCCCCUUCUAUGUGUACCACUUUGCGAAGAAUUCAGUAUAAAAUGGGAGAGGAGACGAGGCUGGGGGGUGGGGUGGGUGGGUUGGUGAGAGAUAGCACUAUGCACUAUUCGAAUGUGUAUUUAAGUAUGAAUUCAGGAAUAGUCAUUCUGUAAAUCUGUAGAGAGGUACAUAAGCAGGGAUCGAUUUGACAUGUGCCUUUUAACUUUUUUUAAAAAAGUUUUUUUUUAAAAAAAACUUUAAUUCCAGUAUUCUAUCGAGUGAAUGUGCUGCUUUUCAGAAUUAAAGGAAAUGUAUUCACCUAUUUUCAUCAUCUAUCCCUUCUGCUUUUUAUACCAACGAAGAAUUUGUAUGGGAGGGGGAAGAGUUUCAACAUUUUUUUAAUUGUUUUGUACAUUUUUGGGGGCUUUAACUGCACAAGAUAUAAACGUACCUUAUUUUUGUAAAUUUGUCUUUGUCAAUAAACAGCUGUGGUUCUCAUUA